CCCGCCGCGGGCCGGGCCGGGCCGGGCCGGGCCGGGCGGAGCGGGGGCGGGCCGGGCGCCACCUGCCCCGUCCCGGCGCGGCCCCCGCCCGGCACACUCCACCCACCCGCGGCUACUUGUGCGCCCCUCGACGGGUCGCCGCCAUUUCCCCUCGCGGGCGGCCCGAGGAGGUGACCCGGUCCCGGGCAGAGCGCGGAGGCGGCGGCGGCGGCGGCCAUGUCGCGGGGCCCCUCCGCCGCGGUGCGGCUGCUGGCGCUGCUGAUCUGUUUGAAUUAUGGAAAUGGACUCCAUAUGAAGGUUUAUGACCGAAAUGGCAGGAGUGGCAUGUUGUCUCAUCCCAACAGCCUAGUUAGACAGAAGCGAGAAUGGACAGUCCCUCCGGCUUUCAUACGGGAAGAGGAGGACAACUCCUAUAAGAAUCCAAUUGCUAGAAUACAUUCUGAUCUUGAAGAUACAGGUGUAGUGGUAACUUACACUAUAUCUGGUCAAGGAGUAACAGAACCCCCUUAUGGAUUAUUUGUUAUCAAUGGAAAGACUGGAGACCUGAAUGUAACAGGAAGAGUUGACAGAGAAAAGACUCCAAUGCUGCUUCUCAGAGGUCAUGCACUAGAUAAGACUGGAGCAAAACUGGAAGAGCCAAUAGACCUCCCAAUUAAAAUUGUGGAUAUAAAUGACAAUUUUCCAGUGUUUUCACAGGAAGUUUUUGUUGGUUCAAUUGAAGAAUUAAGUGAAACAGGUACAAUUGUAAUGAGGAUAAAUGCAACGGAUGCAGAUGAACCAAACAACCUAAAUUCCAAAAUUGCUUUCAGGAUCAUUUCGCAAAGCCCUAGCGCUGCAUUCAGUAUGAAUAAGGAUACUGGUGAGGUUCGAGUAGCAAAAAUAAACCUUGACAGAGAGACACAAAGUAGCUAUUCUUUGGUGGUGGAAGCAAAAGACCGUGGUGGUGAAAUAGGUGGGAAUGCUGCAACAUGUUCUUUAGAAAUCAAGAUUUUGGAUGUCAAUGACAAUCUGCCUGUGGUUGAAAGUCAUACAUUUGAAGGAAGCAUUGAAGAAAACAGAGCAAAUGUGGAAAUUCUACGAAUAAAAGUAUUUGACAAAGAUGAAGAGUUUUCGGAUAACUGGCUGGCGAACUUUUCAUUUGUUUCUGGCAACGAGGGUGGCUUUUUUCGUUUAGUAACAGACACCCAAACAAAUGAAGGAAUUUUGACUCUUGUGAAGGAGCUGGAUUAUGAAAAAAUGCAAAGCCUAAACUUGGGCAUUGUUGUUACAAACAAAGCAGAGUUCCACAAGUCAAUUAAACGCAGUUACAAAGCACAAACAAUUCCAAUAAAAAUUAAUGUGAUCAAUGUGCGGGAAGGCCCUGUAUUCCCUGGUGGCACAAAAAUUAUUGAAGCAAGUGAGAAACUGGAGAUAAGACAGGUUAUUGGACAGUAUCAAGCCUAUGAUGAAGACACUGGAAAAAUAGCAGAGCGCAUUGUAUACAUGAAAGGAAGAGAUACAGCAAACUGGAUCACAAUAGACUCGCUCACAGGUGAAAUCCGACUUGCCGAAAAACUUGAUUAUGAAUCGCCUCAUGUAGUAAAUGGUACCUACGUUAUUACCAUGUUGGGUGUAACUACUGAUUUUCCUAAGAAAACGGUCACCGGCACAGUCAUUAUUCACGUUAAAGAUGAGAAUGAUAACUGCCCAGUUAUUGUGAACCCUGUGCAGACUGUGUGUUCAGAUGCAAAAUUAGUUGAUGUUACAGCUAACGAUUUGGAUGGUUACCCAAACAGUGAUCCCUUCAGCUUUGCUGUCAUUGAGCCAGAAGGGGCAGCAAAAAAAUGGAUAAUUGCAUCCAGAAAUGGCACCAGCAUACAGCUGGUACCACAAAACCUGAAGCUGGGCAGAACUGAAGUUCCCAUCCUAAUAAAGGAUUUCCAAGGGUUAAGCUGCGCUCAAGCACAGUCUCUGCAACUGACUGUUUGUAAGUGUACGGGUAACGGCGUAUGCAGAGAGAAACUUAUUGGCGCCAAGUCAGUGGGUCUGGGACCAGGAGCGGUUGCGCUAAUCAUCUUGGCGUUUUUACUUUUGCUGCUUAUUCCACUGUUACUGCUGCUGUGUCCCUGCGGCUCAGGAGCAAAGGGAUUUGGUGCGAUACCAGACUACAGUGAAGCAGUGUUGCAUCAGUGGAACAGCGAAGGAGCAGCUCCUGAGGACAAGCCAGUGCUAAGCUUCAUCCCACCCACUGCACUGGGGAACUCGAGAGGAGCAACCAGCGGAGCAGCAACAGCAGUGACAGCAGCAGCAGGAAUGAGUGGAGAGGAAACUGUGGCAGGAGGUGGCAGCUCUGCCUCUCAUGUAAGAGAGCAUUGCAGCACUAUUACCAAGGAAGGAUGGGAAGAGCAAAGACAUCUCCUUUCUGGUGCUGAGUGUGGAGCCAUGACAGCUAGAGGUGCUGAAGGCAAGACAGUGGUGGCUGGAGGAGGAGUUGUGGUGGGAGCAGCAGGAGCCAUGAAUGAAGAAUUUUUAAGAGACUACUUCAAUGACAAAGCUGUCUCUUUUGCGGAAGAAGAUGAAGCCCAAGCUGCAAACGACUGUCUCCUGGUUUAUUCCCAGGGAGAGUCAGGCUCUCCCCAUGGCUCCAUCGGCUGCUGCAGCUUUAUUGAGGGUGAUCUUGAUGACCAUUUCCUUGAUGAUUUAGGAGACAAAUUUAAGACUCUAGCAGAAAUAUGCAUAGGCAGAAACAUCAACAUGAAAGACUGUAGCUCCAGGAAUGAAUCAGGUUUAGGUCUUAAUGACGCAAAUUCGUGGUUCUUAGAUCAGCAAAAUGCUUCCAGCUCCAAACAAGCUUUUGCCUCGGGCAGUCGCUUCCAGCCUGCCUCGCCAGCGCUUGUGGGCAGUGGCACAGGAGAAGACACCCUCUCCACGGAGGUGGUCACGGAAACAACCUUUGUAUCCCACUCUGGGCAGCACGAUGCUUGGCCCCUUCCCACAGCCCAUGCAGAGACCAAUUUCACUGUGACAGAAAUGUCCUAUUCUGCAGGGGCUCCUGCCCAUUCGGGCACUGUCUUUCUAGACCCCCAGUUUAAGGAGAAUGUAGUGGUGACAGAGAGAGUACUGGCACCUGCAUCAAGCUUGCAGGGUAUGGUGGAAAUCCCUGAUUUGCCACGGAGAAGUAACGUGGUGGUUACGGAGAGGAUGGUGAAGUCAGAGGGUGCCGGGCCAGGAGCCUUGACGGUUCAGGAUCUCCCCGACUCCCCGUGCGUCGUGGUGAGGGAACGGGAGAGGGUGCUUGUGCCCGCUGCAGAGCAGGGCUCACUCAGCUUCCCCACUUUGGCAGAGGGACGCAGCGUGGUGGUGAAUGAAAGGGUGGUGACAGACUCGGGGACGCAGAGCAGAGCCGAACAGGCGGUGGGUGCCAGCCUGGGAAGGCAAGAGCACGUGUUGACCCCAGACUCCCCGCUUAACCGGGCGGGCUCCAACUUAGAGGGGCCACCUCCUGCCAGCGCCACACUGAGCAAGUCUUCCAGGGUCACCAAAUACAACACGGUGCAGUACACUCGCUCGUAGCCUGGCCCCUUGCAGGGGUGGCGGUGUCUGGCACCCUUGUGUCCCUGUGCAUCUUGGGCUUUUUCUUGAGACCUGAAUUUGCUGGAGCUUUCAGAAUGACAUGGACUCGCUUGCGGUAGUUUGUAUAAAUAAGGAUUAUGACCAGGAAGCUAGUAAGGAAAUUUGCUGUUGUUAUUAUGUAACAUUGGCAGUGAUGCUUUUGAAGUGGAAAGAUGUGGGAAAUACUUUUUUUUUUUCCUUGUUUGCUAUUUUUGUAAUUGCUUUCUAUUAUUCAGUGUAAUAAUAGCACAUAACCACAGCUGCAUAAUUAUGGGUAAGCGAAAAAAAAAAGUCUAAAAUCUAGUAAUGGAUAGUAGUGUGCAAAGCACAAGUUAGGUUUCUGAACUGCUGUUCAGUCUAUCUGCUGAUGUUUCCCCUAAGGGGCAUCAGGUUCUGAUUGUGUGUUUGCCAUCUAUUACCUUGUGGGCCGAGCAGCUCCUCCUGAGCUGCAGCUGCAGCUCUCUACACCUUAGCGAACUGCUAAGAAAUCUCUCCUUCCUGAGAAGCCCAGGCCACCAAAGCCAGUAUGUCCUCAGCGCAGUGGUGUGUUGAUCUGCUGGAGGGAUGUCACAACUUUGGGUUAUCAGCAUUUGUACCUUAAGCAAUCAAUACUUGCAUAUUAGCACAGGGGUUAAAGAGAGCAAAUAGCAAAAAAGCUGAGAACUGCAAUUUUUUUGAUACCUCGAUGUAAAAAUUCCAUUACUUGGUGUGGGUCUAGGCUGACAUGGACAAGUAAGCAUUUGCAUCAUACAGAUUUUUCACUGGUUCCUAAUUGAUCCUUUAAUAAUGUAUAAGAAACAGCCAAAACUUACCUUAGCUGUAGAGCCAGAGAUUCAGUCAGUGGCUUUGCUGGCAAAGUUUAUGGCUCCUAGACAUCUGUAGGAUCUGACGUAAAAGUGCAAUUAAGUGAUUUUACUUCUGUCUGUGAGCUCACAGAUACAAUACACAGAAAUGCAGCUGGGGCGGGGGGGGGGGGGGGGGAGUCUGUCUGUGUGUCUGUGUGUCUGUCUGUGUGUGUGUGUGUGUCUGGGGGGGGGGGGGGGCAUAAUGGCAGCUUUCCUUAGCUCUGACAAGACGAAAGUGCCCUUCAGGUCUGCAACACUUAAGAUAACUUUUCUUUCCAUGAAUUUUAUGUGGUAAAAGCAGAAGACGGUACUGCACUGUUUGGCACUAUGUAUAUAUGUGCAUGUAAAUAUUUGUAUGCAGUUUGAAACAUUUUAAAGUUAAUUUUAUAAAGGAAAAACUGUCAUACACUCCUUAUGUUUUUCUCAAGAGUAGAAAGAAGUAUUUUAGAUUAGGUAUUGGUACCAUGUUUAUCUCAUACCUUUAAAAUCAGCAAGCUGGCCAUAUGGUACUGCAAAGCCUGUGGACAUGCAGAACUUUCUGAUUGUCUCCAUCUCUCCUGGAGUUUUCCUGCAGCUGCAGUGUUAUGUUUUCCACUUACAUAUUUUGCCUUUGAGUAGAAAUGCUUUCAGUGUAUUUGAUUUUUACUGAUAAGGAUGUAAAAGUUGAUUCAAAAACAUAAACAUAAAAAGUAGGAACCAUGGCUAUGCUCAACAGGGUGCAUCUUGACAGAUGGGCCAUUACAUUAAGUGGAGGAAUACUUCCAAGCAAAUCAAACUGUUCCCUUGCUUGGACCUGUUGGUUAUUUAUCUCUUAAACUUCAUUUUUAAAGUAUGUAUAUUUACUUGUAAGCAAGCAUGCAGUUUUAAGUGGUCACCACUUUUUCCUGCAGUUAGAGGGAGUGAACUUAUUUCUUACUUUUUAAUGGAGUAUUUCUGUGGUUUUAUGCAAUCUUAAAAUAAAGAGCUCUACUGUAUUUUUUUUAUUAUUCUUCAUUCAGUUUUAAGACAGCUACCCCAAUGAGAACACUAACUUUCUUACUGCAAAUAAAAAGUUUAAAGAUAGAAUGAGGAUUGAGAUUUCCCAAACAGCCUGAAGGAAUAUCUGAAAAAUGCAGAUGUAAUAAAAGUUGGUGUCCUGCCAACUUACAGAUUCUGAAAAAAAAAAAAGUGAAUUCUGCCUGCUGGUUAAGUGCACUGAAUAAUCUAAGAACUUGAUGGAAGACAACAGAUUUACUGGGCUUUGAGUCAAACUCUCUUAAUCAGUUUGUACUUCCAAACAAGAGGGCAUAAACUGUUGUCUCAGUUUAAUAGUUGUUCAAACAUGUAGUUGUUAAAAUCCAGAAGAAGUAAGAGUCAGGACUGUGUCACAGAAAUCCUGACUUCCCUGUGUAUUGUUUAUUUAGGAACUUUUAUCACAGAUUUGCUAGUGGUGUAAAGAGUCUAUUUGAAUAGAUUCGUUAAGAGUGAAUCUCCAUAAUUUGGCUUAGUCUUGUACCAAGACUUCAGAUGCUAUCAGCAUGUGCUCAUGCUGGCAGAACAUCCAUCAGAUAAAUAAGUCACUUCUCAUGGAGCUGUGUUUUGUAAAUGAUGGUGGCUGGUGGGAGGAAUGUAGGACCCAACUAAUGGAAAUGCCUGGUUAGCAUCUGACCACUGGAUAACCCUGAGACUGGGACUAGCCCUAGAACUUAUCUUUGUGAGAGGUGCCUCAUUCUGACUUCAAAAGUAAAAAUGAAGUCUGUAAUUUUGUUAUCUAAAAAUAACAGAGCACAGUUAUGCUGACAUACCAGCAUGACAGGGACUGUAUCCACGCUGUUCUUCUGUGAUUUAUGUUUCCUGCAAAUCUUCACUAAGUACGUCAGACUCCACGAGUAUGAAGCAGCCUGACACAACAGGGAUGCGGCUGUCUGCAGCAGGAGGGCAAGUGGAGCGCCUGUCCCGAGCAUCCACAAGAAAGUUUUUCCUUUGUCGUGCCUCAGCAUAUACCUGGAGCUAGACUAGACUUUGCAAGACAGGAUGAUGUCUUCCAGGCUCCAUUCUUUCCUGGGAAUUUGACCAUCGUCCACCAUCAAAGACUUAAAGCGUGUAGGGGUUAUCGGUAGUAAAUCAGUUUUUAAAAUGUUAAAUAAAUCAGCUGCUCUCCCCUGGAGAGUCAUGGCAAGUGUU